AUGCCGUUGGUGUUGUUUACCGGGUACCCGUCGAGUGGGAAGACCACAUACGCUAAAGAGUUGUGUUCGUUGUUGGAAAGGAAGAUCGAGGAACAGAGAGGGCAAUUGGGGAACUACCGCGUCGUGUACCACAGUGACGAGUCUCUGGGUAUUUCUCACGAGGAUUAUAGACACUCACAGGAUGAGAGGAAGUUGAGGAACAAGAUUACUUCUGCGGUUCGGAGAGACCUGUCCCGUAACAAUAUCGUUGUGGUGGAUUCCCUCAACUACAUCAAGGGGUUUAGGUACCAGCUACACUGCGAGGUGAAGAAUUUAGCGACAAGUUUCGUGCUUGUGCAGACUCUGUGUCCUGUCGGUACAGUGAAAUCGCAAUGGAAUAAGACUUGGCCAGAGGAUUUACUUGAUGAACUUGUCGCAAGGUACGAGGAACCUAACCCGGCUAACAGGUGGGAUUCACCACUGAUCCCUUUGCUCACGGGGACAGACACUUUGCAGUCUGUCAUAGAGGACUUGUACAAGAUUGUGUUCCCAAGCUUGCAAAAAAAUGGUGGGGGCGCAGUGGUUUCAAAUGCGGGUGGUCCCGGCGCCGCAGUGCAGAAACCAAACGCUGUUACCGUGCUGAAACCGGCGUCGCAAUCUGAUUUCGUGCACUUGUUGGACAAAGAGACCUCGGAGAUAAAUAAACUCGUACUGGAUACAAUACGCGAUAGGAACUCCAUUGGAUUGGACUCACAGGGACACAGGAUAAUAGUCAACGGGAAAGACAUCAACGACCCGCAGUGUCUCUUCGUUGAAUUGCCCUUGCAGCAGGUCAAUAUCGUGAAAUUGCAAAGACUCAAGAGACAGUUCAUCCAAUUGAAUAAAGUACGCGACUUGAACACGGAUAGAAUCCUGCCUACAUACAUAGACUUCCUCAAUAAAAACUUGUCGAACUAG